AUGGCGAUCGACGAUAUUGUCACUGACCCCAACCUCUCAGCCGUCCUUGCUGCCUCGCGCGAGACGCGCCUUCAAGCUCUCGCCCUUGUCGACCACCUCGCUGCCGUCGGUUCCCUCGAUUCCGCAUCCAAGGACGUCCAGUCCGAGGCUUCAAAGCGUCAGAAGCUCCUCAUCACAAACCUCGCCCAGCUCCGCGGCCUCCAUCGCGCCGCCCAGUUCGGCGCCCGUCAGACCAAGACACAAACGUCCGAGGCUCGCCAUGAGGUCGACACGUUGCACCUCCAACUCCAAAAUCUCUACUACGAGCAGCGCCACCUCCAGGGCGAGAUUGCCGCCUGCGAGUCUUACGACCACACCUACCAGCAGCUCCCCCUGAUACCCGUCGAGGAGUUCCUCGCGCUGCAGCCUGAGCAUGCGGACGAUGACGAAAACACCCUCAUGGUGGCCCGCAUCGAGCACGAACGUGCGGACCGCGAAGCUCUCGAGCAGCAGCGCAUGGAACUGCUCAAGCGCAAGCAGAAGCUCAUUGCCGACAACAAGAAGCGGAAGGACGACCUGGCGAAUCUAGACAAGGAGCUCGAGAAGUUCAUCGAUGCCGCAAAACCGAUUCAAAGCCUCUUUGACAAGAACGUCGCACCGAGCGUGUGA